ACUUCCGGAUGUGCAGCAGAGGCUGAGUGAUUCAGUCCUGGGUUCAAGGUUUUCGCGGAGUCGGUCCUGCAUCCACGCCUGAAGUUACUGCGGGGUCGAGUCCACUGAACAGUCAGUAUGAAUGGGCAGCUGGACCUGAGUGGUAAGCUGAUCAUCAAGGCUCAGUUGGGUGAUGACAUCAGACGCAUCCCGAUCCACAAUGAGGACAUCACCUAUGACGAGCUGCUGCUGAUGAUGCAGAGGGUCUUCAGGGGACAACUGCAGAGCAGCGACGAAGUCACCAUCAAGUACAAGGACGAAGACGAUGACCUCAUCACCAUAUUUGACAGUUCUGAUCUCUCCUUCGCCAUCCAAUGCAGCAGGAUACUCAAGCUCACACUCUUCGUGAAUGGGCAGCCUCGGCCGUUGGACUCAUGCCAGGUGAAGUAUCUUCGGAAGGAGCUGAUUGGCCUGCGGAAUAAAGUCAACAGCCUAUUGGACACCCUGGAGCCGCCCACAGAACCACCUGCCGACCCGCCCGCCGCAGAGAAUGACUGUGCGGGUGAUAAGGUGUGUGUGGAGCCAGUGAAGGCCCCUGUGAGUGCGGCCAGUAUGUCUGCCUUCGACCCCCUGAAGAACCAGGAGGAGGUCAGCAAGAACGUCAUCUCCGCAUUCGGACUCUCAGAAGACCAGAACGCAGCUCCGGCCCCAGCAGUAGCGGCGGCAGCAGUAGAGGAACGUUCCGGAACUCCAGACAGCAUCAACUCUACAUCCGCAUCCUCCGCACCCCCUCCUGCCCUCGCACCCGCAGGUCAGCUAUAUCAGCAGUACCAGGCCCCAGGUGGAUACCCGCCUCAGCAGCCAGCAGCUCCACAGCCCCAGCAGCCACAGCCACAGUACGCCAUGCAGUACCAGGGAGGCUACCCUGCUCAGCAGCCGGGCGCUCCACAGGCUCCUCCCCAGCAGCAGUUCCAAAACUUCCAGGGUCCCGCCCCCACCUCUCAGGCCGCCGCCCCCAGCCCCGCCCCUGGCCAGUUCCCAAGCCAACCGCAGGGCCCGCCACAGCAGGCGCCCGGCUUCCCCGCCCAAUCGCAGCCCGGCGCUGGCCAGUAUCCGCCGGGGGCCUUCCCGCCCCAGAACUACACUACCCAGCAUGCACCACAGCAACAGCAGCAGCAGCCGGCCAACUACAGCAUGCCGCCCGCCUCUCAGCCUCAACCCGGUUACCCGCCGCAGGCUCGGCCCGGAUACACCCCGCCCCCGGGGGCCGCCCCAUCCCCCACCCCGCCUCCCGGGGGGUCAAACCCCUACGCCCGUAACCGACCCCCUUACGGUGCGGGGUACACCCAGCCGGGACCCGGAUACCGAUAAAUACACCCACUCACUCACUCACUCUCACACAGACACACACACACACACACAGGGGUAUAUUCCAAAACCAUGGUUAAGGGAUGAGCCUGGCUAAGUUGAGCUGUAGGAAAUGGUAAACCUGCUAAUGGAUAGUUCACAGGUGUCAUUUAGUUAAGAAAAUGAGGACUCCAGGCCUUUCUAUUUUAUGAUUUACCACGACUUAAAAAUGAACUUAACCUGGUUUACUACUGAGACAGGUUCCUGGAAUGUCCCCCCCAGACAUAUACAUACAUACGUACAUACACACACACACACACACACACACCCCUAAGUCCUACGCCUGCAACCGACCCCCAUACGGCCAAGGGUACACCCAACCAGGACCCGGAUACAGACACAAGCACACACCCACACACCACACACACACACCGCCUGGCCCACACACACAAACACACGCUCACUCUGGUGAUCUGAUGUUAACAGAGCUCAUGCGAGCCUGGACCCCUUGCACCCCCCCCAACAGCCAACACACCUUUCAGCCUGCCUUCAUAGCUAAUAUAUCACCCCCUUACACACACACACACACAAACACACAUUUAUCUCAUUUAAUGUGCGUUUGAUUGAAUGACUGUUUCUGUGCGAGUGUCUUUUGUGAGAGUGAGUGCAUGUGUGUGCGUUUGUGUGUGUGUGCACUUUUGAGAGACCAAACAGAAUAGGAUUUGUUUGUUUUUUGUUUGUUUGUGUGUGAUUACUUGAAAAGUGCGAAGUGUGUGUGCGUGUGUGAGAUCAUUUUGUGAGUUUGAUCAUUUUGUGAGUUUGGUGUUUUUGUUUUCUGUCCAUCUGUAUUUUUUGUCUUUUUUUUUGCGUGUGUGUGUGCUUGUGUGCGUGUGCAUUGUGUGUUUUACUGCUCGUCGCCCUGUCCUAACGCACCCUAAAUUGUAACAGUUUAAACACUAGAGAACGAUCAUUGCUGAGGCUCAGACCUGCCCUCUGAAGGAACAUCUUGCUCUUUAUCUCUCUUUAUCUUUCUAUCUUUAUCUCUCUCUCUCUCCCCCCUUCUCUCUCUCUCCCUUUCUGUCUCUGUCUCUCUCUCUCAUAGAAGUCCUCUGAAGAAGCCUGCCUCUCUCUCUCUCUCUCUCUCUCUAUGCUCUCUCCAUCAUACCUGUCAUCUGAAGGAGCCUCUCUCCAUCACUCUAUCCUCUUGUUUUUAUCACUCUUUCUGUGGAUUAUAUUUUAUCCGCAAUUUAUGUCGUUCAUUGCUGUUAUUAUUAUUCUGUCUGUCUCUGUGUCACGGUUUAUUGCUAAUCCAAGGCUGCAGAGUUAGCAGGCUCCAUGGAUAUGAACACUGGAUAGCAACAUUGACCACUCCCUUGUAAUGGAGUGAAUGCCUCAAGCCAAGUCGUAUGCUAUGUUAAAACGGCAUAUUGCUACCAUCAUUCGGUGACGAGGCAAUAUGCACGUUACCCUGUAGGUGGCGGUAACAUCUAUGAGAAGUAUCAUAAUACUGACCUAAGAUGGCGGCGCCUGGGGUUGGGCCAUGUCAAGAUGUUGCAUCUGGUGUUCAUAUCGAUGAGCUGACGCUACUCUGUGGCCACAUCAGUAUUUUCUGUUCCCACUCUAACCCUUUUGUUUCUCUUAAACUAAAAUAAAUAAAUGAGUAAAUAAAUAAAAAGGCUUUGAAAUGGA